AGCAUUCAAGAAGGAAUCCAAAUCCGAAAGCCUGCUUCAAGUAGCAAUCUGAAUUUCCAAUUAUUGAGAUGGAAAUCAUCCAUCAACAAUCAGAAACAACAAUAUUGUUGGAUCAAGAGGAAAUCUUAAUGCAAAAAAAGUUGGAGUCAUCGUCUUCUGCUUCCUCUGAUAAGUGUUGCAUCUAUAAGAUUCCUGAAUUUAUUCUAAAGGGAAACGAAAAACAUUACAAACCAUCAGUUGUGUCAAUUGGUCCAGCCUACUACAAAGAUCAGUCUCUAGAAACCAUGCAACACAUAAAAUGGAUAUACUUGAAACACUUCCUAAUACAUUCCCAAAAUGUUAAUAAAAAUCGCGGUUUGAAGGAUUUCAUCAACUAUGUAAAAGGUUCUAACGGGAAAAUCUGUGGCCAGUACCAAGAACAAAUAAUUUUCCCUAAUGAAUGUAAUGAUUUCGUGGAAAUGGUGGUGCUCGAUGCUGCAUUCCUGGUCUAUUUGUUCUUAAACAAUUGGUGUCCGAAUAAAUGGCCUAUACCAAUAAACCAACCCGGACUAAUGCCUUACAUAAAUAAGGAUUUAUAUCUUCUGGAAAAUCAGCUUCCUUUUUUUGUUCUCCAAGAUUUCUUUGACUUAGCAUUUGGUAAUGUUUUCCAACCUUUUAUUAAUUUUACUCUUGCUUACAUACAUAAUCACACAAAUUUCCCCGGAGUUAAGGCUAUUCAUCAUUGUAUGCAUACGAAUAAAAUAGAUGCAUCAACCAUCAACCAUUUGUUAGACCUAAUGAGGACAUGCUGCUGCUUACCUUGUAAUCUACUGCCACGAAACCAAUUAAAUCUUCCCAAGGACACCUUUCCUAGCACCGCCAAAAGACUGUUUGAUGCCGGAGUUAAGUUUGAGGUACAAGACAGUAGUGACAGUCCAUUGAACAUCACAUUUGAGAAGGGGAAGUUAAAGAUUCCGAAGUUAGUGUUAGACGAUUUCACCGAACCUUAUUUGCGGAGCAUCCUAUUUUUCGAACAAUGUCAUUAUUCCAAAAACUCAUACAUCAUUGACUAUAUCUUUUUCCUUGAUGAGUUGAUAGACACUGUAGAAGACGUUCAAGUACUUGAUCGCAGUGAAAUCAUCCAGAAUGAUCUUGGGAGUGAUGAAGACGCAAUAAAAUUCAUCAACAAAAUCACUGCAAAUGUAAAUUUAGAAUGCAAAUUUUAUUACUCAGGUAUUAGCAGAGAUUUGAAUGAGUACGCUAAGACCCAUUGGAAUCGAUGGUUGGCGAUUUUGAGGAGAAAUUACUUUAAUCACCCCUGGGCAAGUUAUAUCUGUGAUCGCUGCAAUCGUACUUUUUGUUCUUAGAAAUGUAAGUCCUAGCUUAUUCUCUAAAAGUGUUGUACUAUACUACUGUAUGAUACAUGUUUUUUUUUUUUGGUGUUUAGAGAGCCACAAGGGCAGGGAUGAGAAUCGAUCCCUAAAUCUCCUGAAACCGGGAGGGAAGCUCUAACCACUUGAGCAUGUAAUUGUACUUCUAUUGUGUAUUGAUUAGUGUUAUGUGAUUGAUUCAAAAUAGUUGUGCCAAAUUAUUAGGAGUAGUAGUUACGUGUACUUGGUCAUGAAUAAAGGCUUUAGGAGUAUGUUAUUAGUGGGUCAAUAAAUUUGUUUAUUAGUCAACUGCAUGUUUAUUAUAGUUGAGAAAUAUUAGGAGAUAGUGGGUUUGUUUCUUUUAAGCAUAUUUUGUUAGUGGAGUCAUGCUCCUAUUAUUAAUAAGUUAUUAGUAAUAUAAGUAUUUGUUAGAACUUGUCAAUGCUUUAAUAGCUGUAAUGAUGAGCUUGUGGCCUGAACUUUUUGAA